GAAAACAGAAAAAAAAAAAAAAAUGUCAUAAAACAUUAAAACUCCCUCAGCUGUUCCCUCCCUUCCCUUCCCUCUAUCAUCUCUCUCUCUCUCUCCCAUUCUGUUAUUCAAGUCGGUAGCAUACCAGAAAGAAAAAACCCCAAAAAAGGUUCACCGAAUUUCAAGUAAACCCCCCAAAACCCUAGCAUUCAAAGUUUAGGGCUCAGGCAAUGUUUUCCUGACGAACUCGAAUCAGAGAUCCGAAAUUUACAGGAUGGGACGGCCUGAGCCUUGCGUUUUGUUUGCUCAGACCUUCGUCCAUCCCCAUCUCGAUGAAUAUGUCGACGAGGUUUUAUUUGCUGAACCAAUCGUCAUCACUGCUUGCGAGUUUCUCGAACAGAAUGCUUCAUCUGCAUCUCAAUCCGUAACACUUGUUGGGGCUACUUCACCUCCUUCCUUUGCUCUGGAGGUGUUUGUUCAGUGCGAGGGGGAGACAAGGUUCAGACGCCUCUGUCAGCCAUUUCUGUAUUCACAUUCAUCUUCGAAUGUGCUAGAAGUGGAGGCUGUUGUAACUAAUCACCUGGUUGUGAGGGGCAGCUAUCGCAGCCUGAGUUUGAUAAUAUAUGGAAACACAGCAGAGGAUUUGGGGCAAUUUAACAUUGAAUUUGAUGAUAGCUCCAUAACUAAUCUUGUUACCUCUGCUGAGGGAAAGCUUGAGGAUCUCCCUCUGGCAUUACAUUCUACUGAUCUAACAAUUGAGGAAUCAAUUUCCCCUCUGAAGGCUCUAUCUCUUCCUCCUCUUGCAUCAGAUAUCUCUAUUGAGGCUAAGCAAUUUUUACUGCUUCUCUUAAAGAUUUUGGAGUUACCUCACCUAGGGGAUGGAUUACAUAAAAUUGUUAGCAGUUUAGUCUCAGUAGCUUCUUCUUAUGUCUCCCAUGCUUGGGACAGAUGCAGUGAUCGGCAAGAAUUGCAAAGUGUUAUUAGUGAAGCUAGAAAGGAGCUUUUGGAACUAUUUCAACAUAAAUCAAGGGAUGAAUCAGCUGAGUUGUUGGUAGAUGGCCGUUUUCUUGAGUCUGAAGCUGAUUUGGCUACUUCUAAACAGUUGGUGGAUUUGUUAAGCCAAUAUUUCUGUUUUAAUCGGGAAUCAUCGUUUUUCGGACAUCACCAGAUUUCUAAGACUACAAAUGUCAUUAUGGGUUUGAGUGUUGCUCUUCUUUUGUGCUCUGGUAGAGAGAGCUGCUUUCACUUUGUAAAUGGUGGGGGAAUGGAGCAGCUUGCACAUGUUUUCUGUGGUGAUAUGCAGAAUUCUUCUGCUACUACAUUACUUUUACUUGGAGUUGUUGAGCAGGCUACACGGCAUUCAUAUGGUUGUGAAGGAUUUUUAGGCUGGUGGCCUCGUGAAGAUGAAAACAUUCCACCUGGUUCUAGUGAGGCUUAUAAUAGAUUGUUGAAUCUGUUGUUGCAAAAACCACGUCAUGAUGUUGCUUCUCUAGCAACAUAUAUCCUUCAUCGCCUAAGAUUUUAUGAAGUUGUUUUGCGAUAUGAGUGUGCAGUUCUAUCUGUGUUAGGAGGACUUUCUGCUGUUGGUAAGGCUACAAAUGUUACUCUGGGCAUGCUUAUCAGCGCAAAGUCACAACUCAAAAAGCUCUUGAAAUUGAUGAACUUACGUGGUCCAAUUGAAGACCCUUCUCCAGCAUCCCUUGCAACUAGGUCACUGAAUCUUGGACAAACAGAAGGGUUGCUGUCAUAUAAAGCAACCAAUAGCUUGAUUGCUUCAUCACAUUGUUGCUUCUCAAAUUGGGAUGUUGAUUCCCAUUUGCUGGCACUUCUGAAGGAGAGGGGAUUUCUACCUCUAUCAGUGGCACUGCUGUCAUCAUCCUCGUUACGUUCAGAAGUUGGUCAUGUUAAUGACAUAUUCAUGGAUAUUGCAUCGUCUAUUGAGGCCAUAAUUCUUUCACUUCUUUUUUGUCGCUCAGGUCUUGUUUUCCUGCUACAACAACCUGAACUUUCUGCAACAGUCGUACAUGCCCUAAGGGGUUCUGAUGAUGUGAAUAAGGAUGCUUGUGUUCCUCUUCGAUAUGCUUCUGUUUUAAUAGCGAAGGGUUUCUUCUGUGGUCCGCGGGAAGUUGGAAUGAUUAUAGGGAUGCACUUGAGGGUGGUCAAUGCCAUAGAUCGUUUGCUUACAUCAGCUCCGCACUCAGAGGAAUUCUUAUGGGUAUUAUGGGAACUAUGUGGUCUUGCAAGGUCUGACUGUGGGCGGCAGGCCUUAUUGGCUCUGGGUUAUUUUCCGGAGGCUAUUUCACUUCUGAUUGAAGCAUUACAUUCUGCAAAGGAACCAGAACCAGUUGCCAAAAAUAGUGGAGCUUUGCCCAUAAAUCUUGCAAUAUUUCAUUCAGCCGCUGAGAUUUUUGAAGUCAUUGUUACUGAUUCAACUGCAUCUUCUCUUGGUUCGUGGAUUGGACAUGCUACGGAACUCCAUAGAGCUUUACAUUCCUCUUCUCCAGGGUCCAAUAGAAAAGAUGCUCCGGCAAGACUGUUGGAAUGGAUAGAUGCUGGUGUUGUAUAUCAUAGAAAUGGGGCUAUUGGUCUUCUAAGAUAUGCUGCUGUCUUAGCUUCUGAAGGAGAUGCCCACUUAACCACAAUAGUGUCAGAUUUGACGGAUCUAGAAAAUAUAAUUGGAGAUACCACCGGUGAUUCAGAUGUCAACGUAAUGGAGAAUCUUGGAAAAUUUAUUUCUGAAAAGACUUUUGAUGGUGUUACCCUUCGUGACUGUUCUGUAGCCCAGUUGACAAUCGCUUUAAGAAUUUUGGCAUUCAUCUCAGAGAACUCGGCAAUCGCUGCAGCUCUGUAUGAUGAAGGUGCCAUAACAGUCAUCUAUACAGUUCUGGUCAACUGUAGGUUUAUGCUUGAAAGGUCCUCAAACAGCUAUGAUUACCUUGUCGAUGAGGGCACAGAAUGCAAUUCUACGUCAGAUAUAUUGCUAGAACGUAAUCGUGAGCAAAGCUUAGUUGAUCUUUUGGUUCCUUCUCUUGUGUUGUUGAUCAACCUAUUGCAGAAACUACAGGAAGCUGAAGAGCAGCACAGAAAUACCAAGCUAAUGAAUGCCCUUCUACGAUUGCAUCGAGAAGUUAGCCCAAAACUAGCUGCAUGUGCUGCAGACUUGUCCUCUUCCUAUCCAGACGCUGCUCUAGGUUUUGGUGCUAUUUGCCAUCUUGUUGCAUCAGCACUUGCUUGUUGGCCAGUAUAUGGCUGGAGUCCUGGGCUCUUCCAUUCGCUCCUUGCUAGUGUUCAAGCUACUUCAAUGCUGGCCUUGGGUCCAAAGGAGACCUGCAGUCUUUUGUGUCUUCUGAAUGAUUUAUUUCCGGAAGAAGGUAUCUGGCUUUGGAAAAAGGGGAUGCCUUUGUUAAGUGCCCUUAGAACAUUGUCUAUUGGAACGUUGUUGGGGCCUCAGAAAGAGAAACAGAUCAACUGGUAUCUUCAGCCUCUGCACCUGGAGAAGUUGCUAGGCCAAUUGACACCACAGCUUGAAAAGAUUGCCCUUGUUAUCCAACAUUAUGCUAUUUCUGCAUUGGUUGUCAUUCAGGACAUGCUACGUGUUUUUGUGAUACGCAUUGCUUACCAGAAAGCUGAAAGUUGUUCUGUGCUUCUGCGACCCAUAUUAUCGUGGAUCAGUGGUCAUGUUUCUGAUUCAUGUUCUCUAUCAGAAAUGGAUACUUUCAAGGUUUUCAAAUAUCUUGAUUUUCUUGCUAGCUUAUUGGAGCAUCCACAUGCGAAGACAUUAUUGGUAAAAGAGGGUAUCAUUCAGCUGCUAAGUACAGUGCUGAGGCAGUCUCUUGUGGCUGCUAAUUCUGAUGGGAAACAUGGUGGAGAUGAUAGAAAUUUAUCUAAGUUUUGCUUUACCACACUUAGUUGGUGCCUUCCUGUGUUCAAGUCCUUCUCACUACUCUGUGAUUCUCGAACAUCCAUACAACACACAGUGAGGCAUGAUUUGCACAAUUCUGAAAAUUUGACUAGCGAAGAGUGUUUGUUGAUGUUGGCUUAUCUCCUCAAGUUUUGUCAGGUCCUACCUCCUGGGAAAGAAUUACUUGCUUGUCUUUUGGCCUUUAAAGAAUUAGGUUCCUGCUAUGAAGGUCGAAGUUCUUUGGCAGCAUUCUACCGUAUCCACUCCAGUUUUGAGGAAGCUGGAUCACAAAGAGGACAUGAACGGAAUGGCAAUGCAAAUUAUGAUAUUCUUAGUGACUUUGAAUGGAGAAAACGGCCACCUUUGCUAUGUUGCUGGAAGGAAUUGUUAAGAUCAGUUGAUUCUAGAGAUAGUUUCUUGGAUUAUUCAAUUGAGGCAAUCAAUGUGUUGUCUGUAGGUUCUUUAUGUUUUUGUGUGGAUGGGAAAAGUUUGAAAUUGGACCAGGUAGCUGCUGUAAAAUUUCUUUUUGGCCUUCCUGGUGAUACAAAUGCAGAUGAUGGUGUUUCUGAAGAAACCAUAGACUACAUAAAUAAAUUAACAUCUAUAUUGCAUUCAAAGAUUGCAGCUGAUGACUAUGUAAACUAUGAUAUGCAACCUUCUUUAUAUCAGGCUCUAGAUUCUGCAAAGGCCUUGGCUUUGUUAUUGCAAACGCCUGCCCAUUCUGUUAGGUUUGAUGAUGUCUUUCCCAGUGGUUUCCCUGUGUCAUUUGAUGAUCUGAUCUUCUCGAAGAUACAUCUGAUGUCUGAUGGAAGUGCUGAAAGAUCUGAAGAUUAUCUUUGCCAAGGAGGACUAGGAGACAAGUUUCUGUGGGAUUGUCCAGAAACAUUACCUGAUAGAUUUCCACAGACGACUGUAAAACGGAAAUUGCCAUCAGUGGAAGGGCCACCAAAUAGGCGUUCUAGAGGAGAAAAUGCUCCGGCUGAAAUCACAGGCCAAAAUGCACGGGGGUUGGGGUCAUCUACAACUCCUUCUGGUCCCACUCGGAGGGAUACUUUUCGGCAGCGCAAACCAAACACUAGCAGGCCCCCUUCCAUGCAUGUGGAUGAUUAUGUUGCAAGGGAAAGAAACGUUGACAGUGCUACUAAUUCCAAUGUAAUAGCAGUCCAACGUAUAGGAGCCACUGGUGGGAGACCUCCAUCAAUUCAUGUGGAUGAAUUUAUGGCCAGACAAAGGGAACGCCAGAAUCCUGCAUCAACAGUGAUUGGGGAUGCCGCACCACAAUCAAAGAUAGCAGCUUCUGUGAAUGACAUGGCUAUAGAGAAGUCCAGCAAAUCUAAGGAAUUGAAAAAUGAUCCUGAUGAUGACCUUCAUGGAAUUGAUAUAGUGUUUGAUGGUGAGGAGUCUGAAUCUGAUGACAAAUUGCCCUUUCCUCAGCCUGAUGAUAAUCUCCAGCAGCCUGCUCCUCUUAUCAUUGAACAAAGUUCUCCCCACUCAAUUGUUGAAGAAACGGAGAGUGACAUUCAUGAGGGUGGUCAGUUCUCACAUAUAGGUACACCAUUAGCAUCUAAUAUUGAUGAAAACACUCACAGUGAAUUUUCUUCAAGGAUGUCCAUUUCACGUCCUGAAAUGCCACUGACUCGAGAACCAAGUGUUUCUUCAGAUAAGAAGUUUUCUGAGCAGGCUGAUGACAUGAAAAAUGUAAAUACAGUCAAGACUUCAAAUGGGUUUGAUUCCACAGUAGCAAUUAAUAGUCCUGGGUUUCCUGGCUCUGUCUAUAAUAAUGUGUCAGCAUCAUCAGCGCAGUUACUAGUUGAUAACAGGAUGACUCCGCAAAAUUUUUAUCCAAAGAAUGGUCCAUUACCUGCUGGUAACGUACCUAUGGCUACAGGGUCUCAAGGACUCUAUGACCAGAGGUUUAUGCCUAAUCAACCUCCUUUACCUCCAAUGCCACCUCCCCCAACAGUUGCACCUGUGGUAGCUCAGACUUCUGAUCCAGUUCCAAGCCAGUCGUCCCCAUUUGUGAACUCUAUGACUGAUGUGCCACUUCCCACGGCAUUCCAAGUUCAUGCGGAGUAUCUUUCUGCUUCCAACAACAGUUCUACAUCAUUAGGGGCAUCCCUUCACAUGCCAGAUUCUAAGUACUCCAGAACUUCUCUGUCUUCUCCUGGUGGAUCUGCCAGGCCGCCUCCACCACUUCCUCCUACACCACCACCUUAUUCAUCUAAUCCAUAUAAUUUGACACCUAAUAGAACUUCUACUUCCCAAUCUUCGGUAUACAACCAGACAAGUGUUGGUACAACUGAGCUUCCUCAGAGUACUACACCUUUGAAUGACUCUCGAUUAGGCAGUCAUUCUACUUCAGGUGCCAGGAUAAAUACUUAUCCACCUCCUCCUCUUGGACUGCCACACCUGGUUUUCAGUCGGCCAGGUUCCAUCCCUUCGGGUAUUUAUGGAAAUAUGCCUACUCAGCAGCAGGGUGAGAACCUACCAAGUGUCUUGCAGAGUCUCUCCAUCCCUCAGUCUUCCAUGCAGACAAUCCAUUCAGUUGCACAGUUGCAGCCCCUGCAGCCUCCUCAGCUCCCACGUCCUCCCCAGCCACCUCAACAUCUUAGGCCACCUGUUCAAGCUUCACAACAAUUGGAACAAGGAACUGUUCAAAUGCAAAUGCAUUCCUUACAGAUGCUGCAACAACCCCAUGUUUCUUCUAUGCACAUGUUUCAUCAAUCUCAACAGCAGGAGUUUUCUCAUGUACAGAAGCAGCAGCAGCAUGUUGAACAUGCUCCACAACAAGCCAUGAGUACAACAGUGGAUAAUGCAUCUCAACAACAAGAUUCAGGAAUGUCAUUGCAUGAGUAUUUCAAGUCUCCAGAAGCUAUUCAGUCUUUAUUGAGUGACCGGGAUAAGCUCUGCCAGCUUUUGGAGCAGCAUCCAAAGUUAAUGCAGAUGCUUCAGGAAAAGUUGGGCCAGCUAUAGCAAAAUGAGGAACCAAAGAAUGGUUUGGUGGCGGGCACAUAUUUUAGUAGGGGGCCUUAGCUGGUGAUUUGAGCUGUUUCCAUCUUGACGAUGAAGCUUAUUACCCCAUUGUCUCACUGGCCAACCUGUGGUAUAAUUCUGCUGGAGGCAUUCUUCAUUGAUCCGGGAUUUUUUUUUUAUCAUUAUUAUUUUUUCUACUGAAAAAUUUUGUUAAUUUAAAUGUAUGUAUUAUAGCUAUUCUAAUUGUACAAUUUUUUACCUAUUGGCCGGCUAAACAAGAAGGGUCACCCUUCAUCUCGCUUAAGCCCCUUUUUACAUGCCAAUUGUAGUACUCAGGAUUCAGAUGUAUGCCAUGUGUAUAUUAGUACUUUCUUUGCUAUAUGAUAAAACUCUCUGCCUUAGUGUAGUA